CCUGGCAGUGACACAGCCCAGCUCAGGGUUACCACACUGCUCACCUGUGAAGCAAUGUUCCCGCGAGAAGGCUGGGUGUCUCCGCCAGAGGCCUAUAAAUGCUGGGCCUGCGUGUUGCUGUCAGACCUCUUUGUGUGGCUCCUGGGCUUGGCCAGUAGGAGGUGUCAAGGAAGCCUGACUUUGCUUCUCCUUCGCUCAGAGUGCAGCAAAAUGGCAGACCAAAUGUCGCAGCUGGAAUGCAGCAUAGAAACCAUCAUCAACAUCUUCCACCAGUACUCUGUGAGGCUGGGGCACCCGGACACCCUGAACCAGAAAGAAUUCAAACAGCUGGUGAAGAAAGAGCUGGCAAACUUCCUCAAGAAGGAGAAGAAGAAUGAAAAAGCCAUAAACGAGAUCAUGGAGGAUCUGGACACAAAUGUAGACCAGGAGCUGAGCUUCCAGGAGUUCUCCAUGCUGGUGGGCAAGCUGACGGAAGCCUCCCACGAGGAGAUGCACAAGACCGCGCCCCCAGGAGAAGGCCACAGGCACGGGCCAGGCUUCGGGGAGGGCACAGGCUCAUGCCCCGGCCAGCCCGGCCAGCCCGGCCAGCCCGGCCAGCCAGGCCCGGGUGGCCACAGCCACAGCCAUGGAGGCCACGGCCACAGCCAUGGAGGUCACGGCCACAGCCACUGAUCAGGAGGCCAGGCCACCAGCCCCUGCCCACCUAGGGCCACGGGGCUGGCUUAGCUGUGGGGCAGGGAGAUGGGGGUGAAAUAAAGUCCUCUUCCGA